UCAUUUUUGAAGAAUCAAACGCCAAAAACAUCUCUCUUCCAUAUUAUUAAUCUUCUUACAACAAAUGGCAACCUCCAAUUCCAAUCCUUUUCAACUCAAAUCCCUAUUCACGUUCCUUGUCAUUCUAGCUCUCACAAUCACCUCCGCCACCUCACGUAGAAUCCUCGAUGAGGUGCUCUCCACUCCCACCGUUGCACCAGAAGCUCCUCAUGAUGCUGACGAGAGUACCCCAACUUCAGGGGUAUCUACAACUAAUGGUGUUGCAACUCCUGUUGGUACAGGUGCGGGUAUUCCAGCAUCUGGUGUUGCAGGAGCUUCAAGUGUUCCAGCACCUACUACACGUGCAGGUGCUGACCAGCCUGUUACAGCUGGAGCAGGUGCUGACCAUCCUGCUACAGCUGCACCAGCUAUAGCAGGUGAAGAUGAUCAUGUCUUUUCAUUCUUCAUGCACGAUAUUCUAGGAGGAUCAAACCCUUCAGCUAUAGCCGUAACGGGUAUAGCAACCAACCCUUCACUCAGCGGUCAAGUUCCAUUCGCAAAGCCAAACGGCGCAGUUCUAGCAGUAGACAACGGUGUUCCUGUCAAUAACGGGAACAGCGGAAUCAUCAGCAACAACAACAUCCCUUUCCUCACAGGCCUCAGUGGAACAACUCCAAACGUAAUCCAAAACAACGGAAACAACAACAACAUAAUCGGUGGAGGUAACGGUUACCCUGCCAUUAACAUGGCUCAAUUAGGAUCCGGAGUCACUUUCCAAAAACUCAUGUUCGGUACAAUGACAGUAUUUGACGACGAGUUAACAGAAGGUCAUGACCUCAACUCGGGCUUAGUUGGAAAAUCUCAAGGAUUUUACAUUUCUAGCUCAGAAGAUGGAACUAGCCAAACUAUGGCAUUUACAGUAAUGUUUCAUAGUGGAAGUUAUAGUGAUAGUUUAAGCUUCUUUGGGGUUCACAGAGUUAGAGUCUCUGAAUCACAUCUUGCUAUUAUGGGUGGUACAGGAAAGUAUGUAAAUGCUAAGGGAUUUGCUACUGUCAAGACUUUUCCGGCUGCAAAUCAACAGACAGAUGGUGUGGAGACUCUGUUACAUAUUACUGUGUAUCUUGCUUAUUAAUAAUUAGCUAGUGUGUUGUUGUAAUAAUUUAUUGCUUGUAUUUGUUGUGUUAAAUUUGUUUACAUGUUUGUAUUAGAUGUUUGAAGGUA